CACAAUCCUCAAGUGCACAUUUAUUUAUUUACAUCAGCAACUUUUCCGAAAUUUACAAAAAUGACGAAAAGAAAGCCUUUAGGAAUUGGCCUCUCCAAAGAGGAACGCAUGGUAAUCGUCAUCAACGAAAUAAUCCAAGAACUCUUAAAAGCACACGAUGACGGCAAAGAUGUCAACUUAAACGCAAUGAAAUCUCGUUUAUCCUCCAAAUACGGACUAACUCAUCAACCACGUCUCACAGACAUUAUCGCCGCAGUCCCGUACGAAGCAAAAAAAGUUCUCUUACCCAAGUUACGUGCAAAACCUGUAAGAACUGCCAGCGGAAUUGCCGUCGUUGCUGUCAUGUGCAAACCCCAUCGCUGUCCCCAUAUCAACAUGACGGGAAAUAUUUGUGUUUAUUGUCCCGGCGGACCUGAUUCUGACUUUGAGUAUUCGACCCAGAGUUAUACGGGUUACGAACCGACUUCAAUGAGGGCGAUCCGGGCUCGUUACGACCCAUUUUUGCAAACGCAGAAUCGUGUGGAGCAAUUGAAGCAACUUGGGCAUUCAGUGGAUAAAGUUGAGUUUAUCGUGAUGGGAGGAACUUUUAUGUCACUUCCGGAGGAUUAUCGCGAUUAUUUUAUCAGAAAUUUACAUGAUGCUUUGUCAGGAGCUCAUAGCUCGAAUGUAGCUCAAGCAGUGAAAUAUUCGGAGAGAUCCCAUACAAAAUGCAUUGGAAUCACGAUCGAAACUCGCCCGGAUUAUUGCAUGAAGAAACAUUUGUCGGACAUGUUGAAUUACGGAUGUACUAGAUUAGAAAUUGGAGUCCAAUCGGUAUUUGAAGACAUUGCACGGGACACAAAUCGAGGUCAUACCGUGAAAUCCGUUUGCGAAAGCUUCCAUUUGUCCAAAGAUGCCGGAUUUAAAGUCGUUUCUCACAUGAUGCCCGAUUUGCCGAACAUGGAUUUCGAACGAGACAUCGAACAGUUCAUUGAAUUCUUCGAAAAUCCCAUGUUUCGAGCUGAUGGCCUCAAAAUCUACCCAACUCUCGUGAUUCGUGGCACGGGAUUGUACGAACUUUGGAAGACCGGGCGUUACAAGAGUUAUCCGCCAUCCGUUUUAGUUGACUUGGUUGCCAAAAUUCUCGCUCUUGUUCCGCCAUGGACCCGGGUUUAUCGCGUGCAACGUGACAUCCCAAUGCCUCUCGUGACAUCUGGCGUUGAACACGGAAAUUUACGAGAACUCGCCCUGGCUCGAAUGAAGGAUCUGGGAACGACGUGUCGCGAUGUGAGAACUCGCGAAGUCGGGAUUCAAGAAAUCCACAACAAAGUCAGACCGUAUGAAGUGGAGUUGAUUCGUCGGGAUUAUGUAGCGAAUGGCGGCUGGGAAACAUUUUUGUCGUACGAAGAUCCAACGCAAGAUAUUUUGGUGGGACUUUUGAGACUUCGCAAGUGUUCUGAUCAAACUUUCCGUCCGGAAUUGAAGGAAAAUUGCUCGAUCGUGAGAGAAUUGCACGUUUAUGGCUCUGUGGUGCCUGUGAAUGCACGGGAUCCAACCAAAUUUCAACAUCAGGGAUUUGGUAUGUUGUUGAUGGAAGAGGCAGCUAGAAUUGCGCGCGAAGAACAUGGAAGUGUGAAACUUGCGGUUAUUUCGGGAGUUGGUACACGAAAUUAUUAUCGGAAACUGGGAUAUGAAUUAGAUGGACCUUAUAUGUCAAAGUCGCUUGUUUAAUUCAGUUUUAGUUAAAUAUUUACAAAAUAAUAUUUUAUUAUUAUUAUUACA